AAUGUUAAUCUAAUCUCGCGUCGUCUUCUCUUCCCGUACCUCCCCAGAAACCCUAGCGGAAUCAUUCUCACUCCGUCGUGCAAUGGCCGGAAGGGGUCGCCCUGCCCACAUCCUUCCGCUCCAUGACCCUCCUCUGCCUCUGCUGGCACGCGUCCCUCCGCCUGCUCCGCUCUUUCGAGCCGCCGAAGACGCCCUCGUCGCCCGUCGCCACGCCGUGAUCUCCCUCGAGGAGCGGCUCGCGUCGCAGCUCAGGGAGAUCCAUAUUCUCCUUAAUGAUAACGAGGAGCUCGCGGCCUCCCAUGUCGCGCUGAAACGGGACCUCGACGCGUCCCAACACGAGCUCCGCGUCGUCGCGGCCUCUGCUGCGGAGUCCAAGGCCAAGGCGGAUGCCGAGGCCCGUGAAAUAUUCGAGCGCUCGUGCAAGGCGGAGUCGGAGGUGCGGUUGAUCGAGAGGAUGCGCGCCGAUAUGGCUCAGGUUCAGUCCGAUGUCCGGACGUUCAGUGCUGAGAACGAAGAGCUCACCCAGAAGCUGCAAUCGCUCAAGGGAGAGCUGGCUAGGGCUCGAUCGGACCAUAAAGAAGCCGCGACCACCGAAGCUGAGGUCGAGGUCAUGCGCAAGGAAAUCCAGAAGGGAAGGGCUGCAGUAGAGUUUGAGAAGAAGGCACAUGCUGAUAACCUUGAACAGAGUCAGAUAAUGGAGAACAAUAUGCUUUUAAUGACUCGUGAAGUUGAAAAAUUACGUGCUGAACUUGCAAACAUAGAGAAGAGAGCACGAGCAGAUGCAGCUGCAGCUAACUCAGGUCUUGGAUAUGCUGGAGCUUAUGAAACUCCUCAGAUUGCGUACCAAACAACUUCACAUGCAGGAGAAACUCCUCAGAUUGCGUACCAAACAACUUCAUAUGCAGGAGCUUAUUCUUUCUAUCAGCCAACGGCUGAUGGCACCUCCCAGUUUGGAUCUGCAGCUGCUCCUCUUAGUCAAUAUGGCAUACAACAGAUGCAUGCUCACAGAUAAAUGCAAACUAUGCUCGCAAAAUCUUACCCAAUGCGCUCAAGGACCAUAGGCCAUGAUCGAGUUACUCAUUUAAGUAUUUCAAGGCUAAUCAGCCAAGUUGGUUCCUUAUGUGCAAUCUGUAUGCCUCCAAAUUAGCAAAUCUCGUUGUUUAUUGUUAAUUAUCAUUAAUCUUAGUAUUAUUAUUUUCCCCUUUGAACAUGGAAACUUCAUAAUUGUAUUUCAGUGGUGGUAAACUUGCCGCUGAUUAGCUGACAUAUUUUAGAUACAAGAGCUCUCUCUGUUCGUGGAGUUGUGGUCUUUCCAAUUUGGAGCUCCUUUUCGUCCUAAACCUGAGGAUGACAAUGAGUUUGUUAAUAAUCGGUGAGUUUGAUUUUAAAUGGGUUACAUUUUAUCAU